ACCCGAUUGAUCGAUUUGAUCGGAGAAGGCCGGAAAAGCUCGAAGGUUCCGACAAUGGGUAGCUAUGUGGAGCAAGCGCGUGAGAAUCACGUGAAGAAGAAGGUCGAAGAAGCGCUGCGAAGCAAGAUGAAGGCAAAGGCAUUGAUGGAAUGUGAUCAGUACGUCUCUAAGUAUGCUCAAUGCGCAACAGGAAGAACGUUUUCGGUGGUAUGGACAUGUCGUAAGCAAGCUAAAGAGCUCAACACUUGCCUCCAUCAAUUCACCAAUGACAAUGUCUUAGAGGAAAUGAAGAGAGAGUAUAUGCUUCAAGAAGAGGGUAAAGUCUCGUCCUCGGCCAUAUAAAUUUUUGUUGAACAAAAGAUUUGUGUUGGACCAAUAUAGUGUCCGACUCUUUGUUUCUUGUUCAUUAUGGACAAGACGAACAGAUCCUUUUAUAAGUAAACUGUGGCCUUUCUUUAAUAAGGGUGUAUUCAGUAU